AACGACAACUUGCUUGAGUGCUGUUUACCCAAGACGCAUGGUGAGAAAGAUGCUAAUCUCCUCAGUCUGCCACAACAGCCACAAAGAGCCAGGGGAAAAAACAUGGGCCUGUUGUCCAUUCUUCGGAGACUGAAGCAAUCUCCGGAGCGGGAGGUGCGCUUACUGCUGUUAGGGUUAGACAACGCUGGCAAAACCACUCUGCUAAAACAGCUGGCAGCUGAAGACAUCAGCCACAUCACCCCGACACAAGGCUUUAAUAUAAAGAGCGUGCAGUCUUCUGGAUUCAAACUGAAUGUUUGGGACAUUGGAGGACAGCGCAAAAUCCGCCCUUAUUGGAGGAAUUAUUUUGAGAACAUUGAUGUGCUAAUCUAUGUGAUUGACAGCUCAGACAGGAAAAGGUUUGAGGAGACAAGCUUGGAGCUCGCAGAGUUACUGGAGGAGGAAAAGCUUGCUGCCGUACCGCUGCUAAUCUUCGCCAACAAGCAAGACCUGAUGACGGCCAGUCCUGCGUCAGACCUUGCCGAGAGUCUUAACCUCCACACCAUUCGGGACCGUAUGUGGCAGGUGCAGGCCUGCUCCGCACUAACUGCUGAGGGAGUGCAGGAUGGCAUGACCUGGGUUUGCAGAAAUAUAAAAUUCCGGAAGAAAUAACUCAGGAGC